GUUUUGCUGAGAUUAAUGAAAUCUGCUCAACUCUGAAAUCGGUUCAACUUUUCACCCCUGACAAUUUUUCAUUCAUCACCCUGGUCAAACUUUUGGAAUUCAGCCAAAGCCGUGAGUCGAGAACCCAAGUCACGUGACAGUCAAAGUCCACAGUUUCCAGCAUGGCGUCCAUGGUGCACAGAAUUUCUCAGCUCAGCAAAACUUCUGCUGCAAGUUUUGGAGUGAGAAGUUUAAGUUUAUCAUCAGUCCCACAUGCAGCUGAGGGUAAAAAGAAGUCCCUGGGCAAGUCUGGGGUUCGAAAUAUCGUACUGGUUGAAGGAGUCAGAACGCCAUUCUUAAUGUCUGGUACGUCGUAUAAAAACUUGAUGCCUCACGACCUUGCCAGGACAGCCUUAAUAGGGCUUCAGAGAAGAACUGGUAUUCCUAAAGAAAGUGUAGACUAUAUAAUAUAUGGUACAGUAAUACAGGAAGUCAAGACCAGUAAUAUAGCCAGGGAGGCAGCCUUGGGGGCAGGGUUUUCAGAUAAAAUACCAGCACACACUGUCACCCAGGCCUGUAUAUCAUCGAAUCAGGCCAUAACUACCGGUGUUGGUAUGAUAGCAGCAGGUCAAUGUGAUACAGUAAUAGCAGGAGGAGUCGAGUUUAUGUCAGACGUUCCAAUCAGACACAGUCGUAAAAUGAGAAGCAUCAUGCUCAGUCUGAAUAAAGCUAAAACUCCAGCCCAAAAACUCGGCCUGGCUUCAAAAAUGUUCAGCCCCAAAGUCUGGAGCCCUGAGUUACCAGCCGUAGCUGAGUUUUCUACAGGAGAAACUAUGGGUCAUUCAGCAGACAGAUUAUGUACAGCAUUCGGUGUAACAAGACAGGAACAAGAUGAAUUUGCUCUCCGUUCCCACACUCUCGCUGCCGAGGCCACAAAGAAAGGUUUAUUAACAGAUAGACUGGAUUAUAAAGUACCAGGAGUGAACGAUACUGUUACAGCUGAUAAUGGAAUUCGACCUUCAUCAAUGGAGAAAAUGUCAUCGUUGAAAGCUGCCUUCAUUAAACCAUACGGAACCAUUACGGCUGCAAAUGCUUCAUUUUUGACGGACGGUGCCUCAGCGUGUCUGAUUAUGUCCGAAGAAAAAGCUCUAGCUAUGGGAUAUAAACCUAAAGCUUAUCUUAGAGAUUUCCUCUACGUUUCACAAGAUCCCAAAGAUCAACUUUUAUUGGGACCUGCGUAUGCUACUCCUAAGAUUCUAGACAGAGCUGGUUUGAAACUAAGUGAUGUGGAUGUUUUUGAAUAUCACGAAGCUUUCGCUGGUCAGAUAUUAGCCAAUAUGAAAGCGUUAGAUUCCGAUAGUUUCAGUACAAAACAGAUGGGCAGAUCAGCCAAGUUUGGAGCUCCACCUAUGAAUAAAUUAAAUCUUUGGGGAGGAUCAUUAUCAUUGGGUCAUCCAUUCGGAGCGACUGGCGUUCGAUUGGUCACUACAGCAGCCAAUAGAUUGAAGGAAGAAGAUGGACAGUUUGGAUUAGUGGCGGCCUGCGCUGCUGGUGGAAUAGGACAUGCUAUGUUAGUGGAAAGAUACCCAGGAUACUGAGGAUUUUUUGACUUGAAAAAAAAAAUGGAAUCAAUGCAAGGAACUAAAAGUGAACAUUCAACUCAAAGUUAAAGACAGCAAAUCUGCAGACUAUAUUGUUUUAUUUAUUACAACAGUGCUUACUAUUACUCGGAUCAAAAAAUAAUAUCAAGUGAGAUCAAAUUCAGAUUUAACAAGUUUUUGAAGCAGAUUUCAGGAUACAUUUGCUGUGCUUGUGCCUCAUUUUCGAAAAAUUAAUUAGGUUAAAAACCAGACCAGAAAUACAGUAAUCUGAUUUGGAAACUAAAUUUGGUAUUAAUUUGAUGACAGGAAUGAAAAAAGAGCCUGGUGUUAAGGUGUUUCCAAGGAAAGAAAUAAUUUUUAAAACUAGCUGUCAAAUUGUUAUAUAUUGUGUACUGUUGAAUAUUUUGUUUCUGUAAGAAUAUUUUGUUUAUACGAUUUGUAAUUAUAAAUUAUAUUAUCACUCCCAAAGCUUUGAUUAUCAAGGUAAAGUCGUUCUGCUAACUGAUCAUUAAAAUGUUCAUUGGAACAAUUUUUAUAAUC